GUGUUAGUUUGCACGUGCGCAUGAAUCGCAUCGUAGUACCCAGUCCCACCUUCAAACUUUCGACCCGACCCCAAUCCAAUCGCCACCUCCAGCCCACCAAUACCAUCGUCCCUUUCUUAGACUUUUUCUUCUUUGUUUGUUGGCUUCUCUUCUCUUCUCUUCUCAAACAAUUGCAUUUCCAGCAUUUCAUCCAACACUCUCCGGAGAUCUAAACUCUCAACACCGCAGGGGCGUGACCUGAGACCAGAACACCAUUAGAGAUUCUUCUCUGACCUAUUUCAUUAGUCAUGUGGCGGAGACUUCUCUCUUCAUCCCACCUCAAAACCCUAACCCUAGCGGCAUCCGCAUCGGCCGCUGCUGCUCCCUCCCGAUCCGCUGCCGGAGUCGCACGAUUGGUUGACCGGGUGCCUGUUUCAGCCUCCGCCGCUUCUCUCUUCGCCCGCAAUUUUUCAGAUUCAGCGGAGACCGCUGUUAAGAAGAAGGUUGAGGAUGUAGUGCCGAUUGCGACCGGGCACGAGCGUGAGGAGCUUGAAGCUGAACUUGAGGGAAAAGAUCUUCUGGAAAUUAAUUAUCCCGUUGGUCCUUUUGGUACCAAGGAAGCUCCUGCCAUUGUCAAGUCUUAUUAUGACAAGAGAAUAGUUGGUUGCCCAGGAGGUGAAGGGGAGGAUGAGCAUGAUAUAGUCUGGUUUUGGCUGGAGAAGGGCAAGUCACAUGAAUGUCCAGUUUGCACACAGUAUUUCGAGCUCGAAGUGGUGGGACCUGGAGGAUCUCCAGAUGGACAUGAUGAUGAUGAACAUCACUGAUCACAGCCUUCAGUUAUCCUCCUUGAUGGAAUAAAAGAAAAAGAAAAAAAAAAGGUGUCUAGAGAAAUGAAAGUGAAAAUUUUCAGUACACACUGCAGAUUUCGAAUUCAAAAAAAAAAAGAAAAAGAUUGCAUUUUGUUUGAUUUUGGUCGGUCUUAGUCUUCUUUUUGCUGUUGCUUUUUUUGCAACAAUUUGAGACUAUUUAAUUUUCUCUGAUAAAUUUAGACAAAGGCUGGUCAUCUGUUGGAACAAUAGAUCUGUUCUAUGCAUUUGUCGAAUAAUCGAUGGCUACUUGAUUCUUUUCGAACAGUAGAACCUGAGUUUUUUUCCGUCUGCUGCAAGGGGUUAUUCCUUGCAAUUAAAUAGCCUAAUCACUUUUGUUCAUCUCUUAUUUUGUCAAUAAAUCUUUUCAAUUUUUUGGGCUCAA